AUGUCACCGACAAGAAGUGCAGGCGCGAAUACGCACGUCGCCAUGAUGGGGUCGGUGUCGCCUGUGAAGCAGUCCUCGUAUCGCUCGGGCAUCGUCAGCAACGUUGCGCCAGCGGUUGUGCCUCUUGUUAUGGUGAGUGACCAAUCUCCAGGCAAAGCUGCUCCGUCCCCGAACAGCUCCGCUGCUGCGGCUAUCCGAGACACAAAGGUAGUCAAGAAGAAGAAAGCUGAACUGCCUCAGCACAAUCUCCCGCAUCCCGUGCCAAAGUUCGGAGACUGGCUCAACUCGCGUACCAUGAUCAACAACUACAUUAUUUUGGAGUCGCUCGGCACUGGAGGGUAUGCUGAAGUGAAGCUCUGCAAGGAAAAACAGUCGGGAAAACUCUAUGCGAUGAAGUUUAUCAGCCGUGACGUGAUGAAGAAGGAUAAACUCGGGAAGCAGAGUAAACUGGACGAUAUCAAGCGUGAAAUCGCCAUCAUGAAGAAGCUGAACCACCCAAACGUACUGCGACUGUAUGAAGUGAUGGAUGACCCCAAGAUGAACAAACUCUUCCUCGUGCUCGAGUACAUGAAGCACGGCGACAUGCUGUCGUUCCAGAAGAAAAAACACCCUCAAGGGAUGCUCGAGAAUCUGCGAGACCGAGAUCUGCACAGUGUUUUCCUACAGGUGAUUCUGGGCCUGGCCUAUCUCCACGAGCAGAAGAUCGUGCACGGUGAUAUCAAGCCUCAAAAUCUGCUCGUUGGUGAGAAAGAUGUCGUGAAAAUCGCUGAUUUCGGUAUUUCCCAGUCCCUUUAUGGCAGCAAGCAGAAGAUCACGGACGUAGCUGGUACACCCGCCUUCAUGUCGCCUGAAAUGUGCUCCGGUGAAGAAUAUUCCGGCCAGUUAGCGGACGUUUGGGCGCUCGGGGCGACAAUAUUCAUGCUCAAGUUUGGGAACCCGCCGUUCCUAGCCAAGAGCGCGAUGCAAAUGUUUGAGAGGAUUCAGAACGACCCACUCGUGUUCCCGUCGGCGAUCGAUCCACUGCUAGCCCACUUGCUGAACGGGAUGCUGACAAAAGCUCCUCAAAAGCGACUCACUCUAUUGGACGUCAUGGUUCAUCCGUGGGUCACAAAGAACGAGAAGCACAGUCUGGCACUCGACGCCGUUAACCGUCCGUCACCUCCAAUUACCGUGUCGAAAGACGAGAUUGAGCAUGCUGUCGGUGCCAACCACAUAGCGAUCGUCGUCAACAUCCGCAAGCACAUGCGCAAGCGACUAAAACGCGCCCGCGAAAGCUUAGCAGCGAAGGAGAAAGGGGGAUCCGUAUCGACUCCUGACUGGGACCACUCGAAUCUAGUCUUCGCUCAGUCUCCGAAAGCAACCGGCGCCAAGAACUCGGCAAAAGCCAACAAAGUCUUUGCAGCGACCUCAGAGGUUACCGCCUCGAGCAAAGAGAAGGAAGAGCGUCAAGUGCUUUCGAGCGAAGAAAUCGACUACCGCUCGCAGUUGUUCUCGCGGAAGAAGGCGAGUAUCAAGAACGCACUGGAAGCCACUCCGUCAAAUGGUGGCGAGCACUUCAGUAAAAGUGGCGGUGGUGCCGUAGCCCACGCUCACCACGUCCACGAGAUCGUGAGUGACAGCCUCGAUGAUGAAGACGCUUUCUCAGACGAUGACGACGAGUUGGCUGUGUCCCAGUCACCGCAGCUACUGGAUGAGCUGCUGCUUACGACGCUCUCGAUGCCUCCGUUGGCGAAAUCAUCAGCCGACUCUGGUGGAAUGGCUUCAACACUUGUCAGCCGAGGCGGGGUGAAUGGUAGAUCUGCCUCCUCUUGUGCAGCUUCAAUCGGUAGCAGAUCCUACCUUAGCCUCGGUAGAACGACAGGAAGCAGCGAUGAUCUACGAUUCUACGAUGAAAGCUCUGUGCUCGGUUUGAGUUUUGGCGUGUCAUCCUUGGAGGGUAGACGCAACACCCAAGAGGACCGCUGGGUAGUAUUCCCCACAGUCGCCAAUAUUUUGGACAGCAGUGAUCCUCCAGCGCCUUGGUCGACUCAAACCGCAUACGUGGGGAUUUACGACGGCCAUGGAGGAGAAGAAUGUGCCAACAUUUUGCACGAGCAGCUUCACACUUGGAUUUUCCGAUCACAAGAAGCUCCUUCACUGUUGGCCAAGGACUUGCAGGAUUGCUUUGAAUCGCUGGACGCGUCGGUGUGCGAUUAUUUGUUGCACAAGGAUGAUCUUAGCGGCUCCACCGCCACUAGCCUCAUUCUGCGUCGGUCUGCAAGUGGGGGUAUCCUUUUGACGAUUGCACACGUGGGAGACUGCCGUCUCGUACUGGGCAAGCGCGACGGUAGAACCGUCGAACUAACACAGGAUCACCGCCUCACAGUCGACGCCGAGUGCGACCGUAUCAUCCAGCUUGGAGGUCGGGUGGUCAACAACCGCGUCAACGGCGUGAUGGCCAUCACUCGAGCGUUUGGGGACCUGGAGUUCAAGGGGAUGCUGGACCCGCACCAAGGCGCGUCUAGCAGCACCGGGUCUUCUGGUUUUGGUCGAGCCUUCCGCGAUAAUGAAAAGGUACCGCCACUGCUCACAGCGAAGCCAGAUGUGGACGAGGUAGCUCUCGACCCCACUGAAGACGCGUUCCUGCUUCUCGCUUGCGAUGGGCUUUGGGACGUCUUGACCAGCGAGGAGGCCACCGCCAUUUUCCGUGAACGUGUGGAAUUGCAUGGAGACUUGCAACUUGCAGCACACGAGCUGGCCCAGGAGGGCAUUCGUCGCUACUCGAACGACAACAUCACGGUCAUUGCCGUUCUCCUCCAGCCACCUGUGUGA